AUGGAUACCCCUCGCUAUGUAUUCGGUGCCCAAGGAUUUGGUGGGGCUUGGACAGCCGACAAUGUCGACCACCUGAUGAAAAGUCUCACAGAGGCUGGAAUCCGUCAGUUUGACACCGCUGCCCUGUAUCCUGCUACAAGUCCAGGUUCAUCUGAGGAGCUGCUUGGCAAAAAGAAGCCAGAUGAUGCACUCAUCGAUACGAAGGUUCUCUUUAUUGGCGAUGACUCUUUGUCCUUCAAAAAUAUGGGAACCUCUAUCAAGGCCAGCUUGGAGCGGCUGCAGGUCAAGAAGAUCCACACCCUUUACGCUCAUGCCCCGGACCGCAAAACCCCGAUUCCUCUGCAGGCUGCACACUUCGACCACUACUAUCGUGAGGGGUACUUUGAAAGGUUGGGUCUCUCCAACUACAGUCCAUCUGCGAUCCGCGCCUGGAUGGAAAUCGCAGUGGAGGAAAACCUGAUUAUGCCUUCUGUCUAUCAAGGCCAGUAUAACGUCUUCUGUCGAGGCUACGAAGAUGAACUCUUUCCCGUACUUCGCGAGUUCGGUAUUGACUUCGAGGCAACCUCGCCGCUAGCGGGUGGGUUCCUGACUGGAAAGCUUUCCUAUUCUCCAUCACCUGAGCAGUUGGAGGGUACCCGUUUCGAGGUCGGGGAGGGUAACAUGCUCGGUGCUGUUUACCGCAUGUGGUAUGAUCAGCCCCUCUAUCAUCAGGCAAUGCGAUCUUUGGACAAUAUUGGUAAACGGCUGGGGUCUACGGGGGCUCAAUGCGCCCUACGCUGGUUGCUCUUCCAUUCCAAUCUCAAGGAUCCAGAUCGAAUUGUGAUCGGACCUAGCACUUUGAAGCAGCUCCAGGACUAUGUCGACGCCCGCAAGGCUGGACCACUUCCAGUUGACGCAGCAGCCGAAAUCAGUGCACUUUGGCCGCCCUUGAAGAAACUUGCGGCGACGAUUAUUGAGAAGGGAUGGUGGUCUCUGUGA